GGGCUAUCGAUUGAACACUACCUCUGAUUUGAUGUCCUCAUCAACAAACAAAACGCAUGCUCUCUUCUACUCCAUUUUAAAUAGUUCUAUUCAACUCUCCAAAACCCACGUCCCACUUUUUUUCUCCCAAAAAGUUUUCCUCUCCACUUUCCUCCUUUGUCUCCCAAACCCCUAGUAGUAUAGUUCAACUCAUCGAAAAGCCAGAGAAGAAGCCAUGAAACACAGAGGAAAAGAGGUAGAAACCAAGCUCAACCCUCCGGAGUACAACUACUCUGCCACGGACCUAAUCCCCUGCAAGAAACACCCUUCUUCCUCCGUCGGAAUCUGCGCCUACUGCCUCAAGGAAAGACUGAUCGAGCUGGUCUGCUCCGACUGCGGCGAGCAACGCCUCUCUUCCUGUUCUUGCUCCGAUAUCUCCUCCAACCGGAAUUCCUCCGCCACCGACAUCGGCGGCGUCGGGAGAAUCUCGUUCCUGAUAGAGAACGACAGGAACGAAUCCCGUUCGAAACCCGCGAAAUCCGAGGAGGGUUUUCUUGUCAAGAGGAGGGGCGGGAUAUGGAGGAUUGUGAGGCUGUUCGGGAGGAAGAAGAGAGAGAAGGGUGGUUGUAGUGAGAGGAGGAGCGUUGGGGAUGGGAACGAGACGUGGGUUUUUGACUACGUCGGUGUCUCGAGGUCCCGGUCCUUGUGUAGCUUCAGGGGCGGUAGUUUUCGCGACGAAAGCAGCAGCGAAUUUGCAUUCUCUAGUGCUAAAGUCAGUGAUUUUAAUGGGAAUUCUUCGGGGUUGGAUUCGGAGAGGCCGAGCGGGUUCAGCGAAACCGAGCCGAGAAAGAGCGGAUUGAGAGACGGUGAUUUCGGUUUGAGUGGGACUAAGAGGAGCGUGUUUCCGGUCAAGGAAAGCGAGUUUGGCGAGCUUGGUGAGGCUGGGUUUAUUGACCUGAAACUCGAUCUAGAAACAGAGUCGAGGAAAGCAGAGUACUCUGUUUUGAAGGGUGGCGAUUUGAAUUUCCCGGUUUCGGUUGAGGAUUUCGGUGGGUUAGGAGGUGGGGAUUUCCUGGGAAAACAUGAAAAACGAGGGAUUUUCAGGAGAGGGGGAUCGUGCAGGAUUACGGUGAACGAGACCGGAAUCAAGAGGGACAAGAGAGGGUACAGAGGUUGGAGAUGGAUUUUCAGGCAGCAUCCCAAUUGGAGGAGCUCAAGCAAGAAGGAUGAAGCUCUUGUAGUGAGGACUUGAUAGUGAUGAAUAAUUGUGUAGACUGAUUUUCAUUUUUGUGUUGGGAGUACCUUUUUUUUGUGUAGUUCUUGGUGGUAGUUCAGACUAGAGGAGGAACUUCAAUUAGAGUAUUGUCUUUGUUGUUAGUACUCCAGUAAUUAAAAGCAGUGUCUACUUGUUUCUCUUU